UGUGACGUCAUCAUUCCAAGAUGGCAGCCCAGUAAUGUGAUGGGAGUUCGGGUGUAAAAAGUAAUACAAUUCGGCGCUUCUUUCUUCGUCAAACUCUGCUGUUUCUUGCACCUCCUCCGUCCAGACUAAGCAUUGAUUGUUAGGAAGGUCACAAAGCUAUGAAAUUGAAUGAUUUUGGCCAUGGAGGGAUCAUUUUUGAGCGCCACGGAGCAGCAGUAUUAUUCCUCGUUGUUCAGCACGUUAGACCAUGAGAACGCAGGUCGAGUGAAGUCAGCUGAGGUGAAGGAGUUUUUUAAUCUUUCGAAGCUGACCCCGGAAGUUUUGCAUCAGAUCACUGAAAUCUGUGGAGCCAAUCGACUUGGUCACUUUGGGCGGAGUCAGUUCUACAUUGCACUGAAGUUGAUUGCAAUGGCGCAGAAUGCGAUACCACUACCUGUGUCCAAGGAAAUGAUUGGUCAAGGGAUUGAAGUACCAUUACCAGUAUUUGUGAUGAAGCAAAGUGGAGGAGCACCAUCAACACAAGACCCAGAUGAUCCAGGCCAGAUGGAAUUUGUCAAUCCAGCAUUUAUUGAUAAUGUUCCUGAUCGUGGCUUUGCUCUGUCCAGUAAACAACCACCCACUGAUUGGAAUGUUGGCCAGGUGAUAGGCAUGGUAGGCCCCCAGGCUAGCCCUCGAGGCCCGGUGGUGUACCCUCAAGUUGAACAAGUACCAGCAAUGUCUCCAACACGGGCGUCUAAUGUACCUCAUAUGACUGGCUCACCGCCUCCUUCUUCACCUCGUGACUCCUCCCCCUUCAAUGACAACCCACCUGUCAUCUCCCCGAACCACCCUGUAGGUCUGGAGAGACAUCAAAGCCUACCAUCACCCAUUAGUCCAAGGGAACAUCGGCCUAUGUUUGACAAGCAAGGCAGCAUUCCUGGUUUUGGUCCAGUCACUGAUGAAGGGUGGGCGUCCUUUGCAAAAGACAGAAAAGGGGAAGCUCAAAUUCCGCAACCGACGCAAUCCCUGGACAAUUCCAUGAACAACACCCUAGAUACAUCCUGGGCCAAAUUCCCUGAGAGUCACGGUGAAUCAGGUUCCCAUGGUAACAGCACAAUGCAUGAUGGGAAUGAGGACGUUUGGUUGAUUACUCCUGAGCAGCGAGUGUAUUACACGAAGCAGUUUACGACAUUGCAAUCCGACCCUAACGGUCUCUUAUCAGGUGCUGAUUCUAAGGAAUUCUUUGAAAAGUCGAAGCUACCAACGGCUGAACUGUCCAAAAUAUGGCAACUUUCUGAUGUGAAUAAAGACGGCACCUUAUCACUCGCUGAGUUCUGUACAGCAAUGCAUCUAGUUGUUGCUAGGAAACACAAGGUGGAAUUACCAGAGCAACUACCGGCAAGUCUCAUCCCAGUCAUAGGCCCCAAGCAGGACGAAGUGCCUACCUUUAUUCCUCCAGUUUCUCAUCCACUUCAAUCCACCCCUGCCAGAAGUGUAACUCCGCCCACACCUAACAAGACAGAUGAGAAUUGGGCCACGUUUACAGACUCGCCGUUCCCUGCACCUCCAUCACCUUCCUCCCAGUCUCCGGCUAACUUUGACUUUGCAUCCAUCUCACCUGAUCCUGAAGCCAAGAUCUUCCAACCUAUUGCACUUCAUGUAAAACCUGAUGGCAAGACGGUCACAAUAGCAGAUGAGACCGGAAACAGACCAAGAACGCAUUCAGAUCCCCUGCGGGCAGAAGGUUUGACUGAUGAAGACAAUGACGAAGAAAAGGACGAUAACGUUUUCAAAAUGAAGAAGCGUGCUGCUACAGUCGGAGAAAAAGAAAUGCUUGCCAAGAUUGCCCCACCGCCACCUGUGGAAAGGACGAGGAGAGGGGAUAGUUUGGAGCGUGGUAUGGUUGGUUUGCCGUUAGAAGGUCCUGAUGGUCGUUUAAACUACCUGCCCCGCUCUCGCUCCAGAUCCUACUCAGGAGCCACACUUCAGCAGCGCAUACUGGUUCCCCUCUAUAGGCAAACUGCCCUGGCAGAAUGCAUAGCAGAACCCCCGGGGCAGGCCCCCACCCCCAGGGGAAUGGAUCUCCUCCCUCCUGCCCUACCCCCAAGGUAUAAUGGUAUCCACUCUCGGUCUAUGUCCUUAGAUCGCAACCAGCUUGUCCCUACUCCUGAGAGACAACUAGUUCCGCCCAGACCCACCAUCCCACCCAGACCCAACACCCAGCUCAGUUCUCACUCCAGUGAACGCACCUGUUCGUCCUCGGCCUCCAGUAAUCGCAACAGCUACACCUCAUCGGCCGGUGAGGAGGAAGAGGCUCAUGAUCAAACAGAUUUUGCUGAUUUCAGUCAAUUUGAGACCAGGACGACGAGUGAUACGUCCAUGCUAACAGCCACAGGACAUGGGGACUAUCAACCAAUGGAUGAAGUAUCCCCAGGCACCUCCCCACCUCCCCCUCCCCCACCCAGACACUCACAGGGGGAUGAACACACUCCCACAAAGCUGUCAAGCAAAGACCGGUAUAAAUCCAGUGACAUGCUUCAAGCUGACGAAAAGAGAUCUCAGUUUGCUAACGACAGGAAACGCCACACGUCGGCCCCAGAACCAGCCAGGGUGUCUUCAGACCUGAUACAGUGUGACAGGAAGUCGAUCCAAGCAGCGAUUCGACGGGCGAAAGAAGAAAACACCAAGCUCUCAAGACAUAACAGCGAGCUGCAACAAGAACUUAGCCAAAUCACCGAAGACAGACUCUCCCUAGAAAUCGACUUGAAGAAACUCCGACCAUUUGCUGUCAAUACCUAGGACUUUCAGUUGUCUUACUCUUGCUAUCAAUCCAAACACGCCAUUUAAUUAUGCUUUGAUUCCUGAGGGCCAGUGCUUGUAUAGAGGUCAGCCUGCUGUACAGAGGUAAGCCUGUUUUGCUUCAGCGUGUUGCGGGGAAGCUGCUCGUAUUUGUUGAACAAGCCCUUGUCUAUGCCUGAAGGAUUAACUUUGUCAGCUGUGCGCAAGCAUAUGUGCUCUCAGCUGCAUAACCUUUUUUUGUUGUUAUAAAUUAGCUUUUUAGUGAAAUAAAUUGUGUCCCCUGUGGAAAAAACUAUGAUGCGUAGUAGUUCCAGUGAUGCUUAGCAGUUCCAAAGAGGUUUUGCUUUCUAAACCUAAACAUUUGCUGAUCAAAGUAGACUCACAAAUGGUAACCAGAAACGUCAGGUGGUUGCUUUGUUAUGGUGGUUCUCAUCCACAUUUUGCGUAAAAUAUAACAAGUAGUGGCUCUGUAAACAUCAACCCUUGCCCUUAAUCCCCCUUUCUUUGUUAGUCCUUGUUUGCUUGCUUGUUCUUUCAGUCUUUCUCUUGAUGUACCGGUAUAUUAACAUUACAACCAUGCCAAACCUUACCUGACCAUUGUACAGCAUUAAAUGGUCAUUCCUGUUCUAUAUUUGUUGCAUUUUGUAUGACAAAUUGUGCUAUUGUCAAACCCCCCACCCCAAAAAAGAGAAAAAGUCUAAACAUUGUCUUUUUUAAAAGAAAUUUAUACACAGCACCAUGUUGUGCAAGAACCUAUGAACAAAUUUUUAGUUUUUUCUAAAAUGUUGCAUUAACUUAAGGUACACAUGUAUGGUUACAACAACUUUUUUUUUUCUCGCCACAAAAUUGAAGCAACUCGAACUGUAGCUUGUGAAUUUUCUACUUUUUUUGCCAUUUCUAUGCCAUAACCAGAUAACAAUAGUUGACACUGAAUAUAAGAUUACAAUGGUCUCUAGUUGCAUGGUUCUUGGAGGCUGAGUUUUGUUUUUAAUUGUCUGGCUGAUAAGAAGAUCUCCCAGAAACUUUUUGUACAAGCUUGGUUAACAUUUAUUGCAGAACAGCGUGGCUUUUUCCAUGUUCUAUCCAUACUGUGGCUGCUUUUUGUAAUUAAUGUGUGUUUUUCAUACUGAUGUUGGCGUACACGUUUCGUUGAAAUGGUUAGGCUUGUGUUGCGCUAUUUAACCUUUUCUUGGAUGUUUUUGUGUGUCUUGAUCUUGAUGUCUUUUGCCCAACGAAUACUGUACAUGUAUUACAUUAAUGUGUGGCAUAUGCAUUUUAAACCUUGAGAAACAUGUUGCAGAAAUAGUUUUCAAACUCACAAAUUUGAGAUGUUUGAAGCUUGGCACAAGUACCAUGUGGUGUAGUUGUUAUGUUAAACAACACAGUCAUCCAUAGUCAUCAGAAGUAACAAAAAUCGUGCUUGUGGCUGGCUGAAUUUAUAAUUAUAUCCAUUUAUGUGGCCAUUCCUUUCUUGUUCAUGCACUUUGACAUUUCGUUCGCUUUGUCCCUAUUUUUCAAACACAACCAUUACUGAUACCUUAAUUAUAUUUGUGCUUACUGCUUACGGUCUUUGCUCACGGUGGUGCCAUGAGCAGAAAACUUGUGUGCUUGUAGUGGAAAUUUGAAAUGUUGCCUUGGCAUUUCAAAGAAUAAGUUAAGCAGUGUUAAUGAGGGAUUGUAUUUGAACAAUACAUUUAUUGUGAUUUCAAGUCUGUUCCACAGCAAAAGAUUGCUUCUUUCAGAUGGGACAAAAGCAACAAAAACUAACGACAUAUAAGUGGGGCCGUGUGUGCUGAAAUCUGGGCAGUUUCCCGCCGGGCAGAAUUGGCGUUGCUUGUAUUGCAAGUGUUGGAUAAUUAUGUGUUCAUAUUUUGUCCUUAAAGAAUUGAAUGCAUUGUCAAGUUGUAUGGGCUCACAAUGUUCCUUUUCACCAAAAACUUUUGUCACCAUUCAUGUGUACAUUU